AUGAAUACACUCCUUUCAUCACUUUGCCACCUUCCCGUGAGCUUUGUUGGGAACGGCCAGGAAAUGCUUCAAUCCCCGGACAUCUCUGAUAUUACUUCGUUGAACCUAGAAUUCAUUGGAGGGGGUUUUUCAGGACUUGUUUACGCCAUCGAUGGCGAGAGAGUGUUGAAAGAAUAUUCAGACUUCGACGAUCGCGACAGGGAUACUGAGCAUCGAGCAUAUGAACGCCUCGGCUCACAUCCAAACAUUGCGAGAUAUUUCGGCGCCACGAAGGACGGCUCAAUAAUUCUCGAACGUGGACGCUGUCUGCAAACCAUAUACCAACAAAGCGGCGGUACAGCCGGGUUUCCAUUAUCCAGGAAGCUUCGCUGGGCGAGGGAGGCUGCGGCAGGACUACGACAUGCCCAUGAAAAAGGGAUCCUCCAAGCCGACGUUGGAUGUCACAAUAUGAUGCUUACCCGGGAUGACCGCCUCAAGAUAUUUGACUUUGCGGGAUGCAGUAUUGACGGGGAAGAAGCGGCCUCCUGUUAUAAAUGGUUUAGUUACCGACCUUCGACACCGGAGGUGAGCAUACAGACAGACCUUUUUGCCUAUGGAUGUGCGCUCUACGAAAUCGAGACAGGCAGACACCCAUACCACGAACUCGAGACGUUUGAUGAUCGAGAACGUCGUAUCAAACAACUAUACCAAGAAAAAAAAUUUCCUCAUGUCACGCAUCUUAUCCUAGGCGAAGUAAUCCAGGAUUGCUGGAAUGGCAAAUUCAAUUCAAUGGGCGAGGUUAUCCAGGCGCUACCCAAUUCAAACAUGAGGGCUUGGAGUUGUUGGUCCACAAUCAAGAGACUGAAGAUCCACUCUACCGAGAUAGUCAACUUUCUGCGUCCCCCGCUGGACUGGUGGAAAUGGCUCAGAAACAUGGCCGGGUAUCCAUUCUCUAUCAUGAGAAUACCGCAUCUCAUCGGCUCAAUUGGGAUCACUGUGACAAGACGGCCUAUUCCAGCCUUGUCAAACGAGCUUCCGUAA